UUAUCCCUUAACUUAUUUGCAAAUCGUAAUUAUUGUGAUAUUUGAUCUUCCUCUUGCAUUUAAUUGUCAUCAAAUGUUCACGUGAGAUAUCCAAUCUUAAAGUGAAAUAAUUUUAAUUAUCAAGAUCAUUUGGCUAUGAAUAAGGUGUUUUCAAUAUUACCUCAACUAACUUAUUAGUUUGGUAAAAUUUUAUUUUGCAAAAGAUGAGUGGACCAGAAGUUAUAGGAGACGUGGAAAAAGAUAACCAAACAAAAUUAAAUGAAUCCCACAUUACUUACUGUGAUGUAGCUAAUAAAUUGUUAAAAGACAGGUUUUUGUUGACAGCACUAGAAUUACAUUCAGAGCUUGUGGAAUGUGGAAAAGAAAUUCCAAAACUGAAAGAGUUUUUUUCCAACCCUGGCAAUUUUGAAAAUCAGUUUUCAAAAGCAGAUUUCUGUGCAAUACCUCGCUCAUCUAGUCAAGCCACUUUGGACUCAUUGGACAUAUCGAGGUUUUCUGAAGAUGGUGAGCACAGAGUGGAUGAGAGGGUGGCAGUUCUCGAGUUUGAACUUCGGAAAGCCAAAGAAACGAUUAUUGCUCUACGAACUAAUCUAACUGUUGCUACAGAGUGUGAGACCCCAACGACAGAGAAUUUGAAGGUAUUACAAGUGGAACCCAUCAAGCCUCAUGAGCAGCGAGCACUCAACUUUCUCAUCAACGAGUAUCUGCUGAUGCAUAACUACAAACUCACCUCCAUCACGUUUGCUGAUGAAAACGAGGACCAGGAUUUCGAGGACUGGGAUGAUGUAGGCCUUAACAUUCCAAAGCCAUCUGAACUGCUGCAGCUUUACCGAGAUGCAAUGAGACAGCCAGCGCAUGGAUUCACGACCAAGGACCAUGCUUGUCAGGCAGAUAUCCCUGACAUUAACCUUACUGCUCAGAUCAGCGCAUUGACAGUAGAACUCGAGCAGACGAAGGAGAAAUAUAGCAUUUUGGAGAGAGAAAAAGCUGAACUCACUGCUAAAGUGGAAAGGUUAUCAGAGAUUGAACCAGUCGUAGAGACGGUGUCGACACACAGUGUAACUCCUGAGAGGUUUGAGAUGAUCGAACCUACUGCUCGACAGGAGUCAGAGAGUGGCAGUGGGGGAGGCGAGACGUCGAGUUUGAACGAGACAGAGUGGACGCGCGUCAACGCGUUUAACGACUCUGAGACUGGCAGCACGAGAGGUGACAACGACGGAGGGUGUGAGGAACGAACCGAGCCUGCUGGAGCAGAGGCUGACACGGUGCCUUUAGAUCUGAUGUCUCAGUCUACCACCAGCAACAGAUCACUACCGCCAGGGUUCCACCAUGAGGUGUUGUGCCGAUGUUUCGUCAACACUUCUCGUGUAACGGAGCCACCCCUACUCGCUGAUGACAUCAGUCUGCAGCGAGUUCCAGAUCUUCUAGCCACUGCUCUACCCAGGAUCACACCCCAUGUAGCUGUCAACAAACGAGAGGAGCUGAUUCCACUGCUGGUGUGGACUGUACAUCUGCACAGUGACUCGGCCCAGAGAGAUAGCUUGUUGCAGGGACUGUUCAACCUCAAGAAGCGGCCACAAGAUGAGGAGCGCCGUUGCAUUCUUGCAGGGUUGGUAGCACUUGCACGAGUUAGCAGUCAGUCAGUGAUAGAGUCUGAACUGCUCUCACAUUGCUGGGAACAGAUGAAUCACAAACACAUGGAAAGAAGAUUGUUAGUGGCCGAAGCUUGCAGUGCAUUGUCUCCGUACAUAUCGGCUGGCCUACGCAACUCCCUGGUGCUAUCAAUCCUUCAGCAGCUACUAUCAGAAGACAGGGAGGAAGCAGUGAGAGUGUCUUGUGUCAAGAGUCUCGCACUGAUUGUAGCGUUCAUGGCUGACACUGACAAAUAUCCGCAGAGUGAGGAGCUGACCCUGACAGCACUACAGGACAGUUCAGCUGUUGUUGCGGAGUGUGCGACUGAUACACUGUUGAUGAUACUGGCACAGUGGGCCUUCAGCCUAGGCUGGCUACAAGAGCGGCUCAUGUCUAGACUACUGACAACUCUCACUGCAUUGCUCAAGGGCGGGUCUAGUCCAACACACAACCGCGCUACUGUGACUGGUCGUGUUGUAGUGUUGCUACAAGCUCUCAGAUCUCUGCUGCCUUUCCUAGUCAUGUCUGUAGCAACCGUUCCAUCUGUCACAGAUCACAUAAAACCCGGCCUACCACUCGCUGAACCUAGGAGUGGGUUUGCAGAAGUGUGCCAAGGUCUAGCCAACCCAGCCAUGUUCUAUGAGGGAGACUUCACUGUGGGUGCAGUGAUGAGUGCAUUUGAUGUUGUGGUGAAAGACAAACAGUGGCCUCAACUGAACUGGAUCACAGAAACCUUAGUUCCAAAAGUUCUUGAUGCUCUGGAUUCAGUGGAAGUCAACAACGAAGAGCUGCUCACUUGUUUCAUCAGGUUUUUCAAAUCGCUGGCUGCUGGCUUCGGAAAGAUUGUUACCAUUAAUAUGGUUAAGCCGGUAUUUGUAGAGAGAUUGAACACUCUGGAGAACCGCCUAGUUACUCUGGACCACAACUGGCCUAACUUAUCACUUAUUCCUGUGUAUCUGUUGGCCAUUUCUGCUCCAUUGCAGGGUGAGGAAGCAGAAGUAGGCAACGUGUUACAGAGAUUUCUGUUUGCGUUGUCUUUGUGUGGCGCCCCUGUCGACUGUUUGCAAGUCAGUGUCUCUCAGCUCUGUAGUUUGGCAGCACUGCAUGAUACAGUUAUGGCAGCACUCUGGGAAGGAGUGGUGCACCCGAGGGCUGUGGUGAGGUCAGUGACAGCCGCUAUGUUUGGACAUACUGUGGCACAUGUUGGAGAGUCCAUGGUCACCAACCGCAUCGUCCCUGCACUCAUCACCCUGGCUAGUGACCCUGAGAUAACCGUUAAAACUUCUACCAUUCCUGUGUUUGGAAAACUCAUUGAACAUUCCACAACGAAAGAGGUAGAGGACAAGACGUACUUCCAGCUGCAGACCCUACUGAGUGACCCAGCAGCCAGGGAUAGUCACCAGACAUUGCUACAACUCGUCUCCACUCUGGGCAAUGUGGUCACCAAGUGUGACUCCUGGUUCAGAGACGAUGUUGUUGUGCCCCAAUUGGCAGCAACGGCAGCGUACGCACUACAACUGACCAACCAGAGUCGUAAGGUGGAUCUAGCGUCUGCUCUGGUCCUGGCAUUCAACAACGCUGUCUACUGCUCUCUCAGUCGCAACACCAUCACCACCGCUCUUAUACCUGGCCUCAGGUACUUGGAGCAAGUGUGCGGCCAGUCACUACCCAGUCACCAUCAAACAGUCGCCAGUAUGAUACAAGAGGCAGAGAGUAGGACUGAUUCUAGCAAACCACUAGAAAGGUCGAGUAGCUCGAUCACUCUAGCAAUGGCUUCGUCCAAUGUUGAAGACAUGAAGAACAGAGUUACCAAAAUGUUCCAAACCCCUAUCAGCAGGCCGACCAAUCUGCCCAACUUACAAAGCAUCAACAUCUUCCGCAAAAAGUAGUCAUACCAGACCACUGUAAUAAAAGUUAAAAGACACUAAGAGUGUUUUAAUGGUUGGUUGUGUUAGGAAAAACAAUAGUAAUCAGAUUAAUUAUUUUUGUAUACUUUUGUAUAUGACAUAUUUUUAUGAGAUUGAGCUAUAUAGAUAUAAUAUAAGUAAGAAUCUCCUUUUUUAGUAUUUUAGUUAUAAUUUAAUUUUAAGGGUCUCUGUUUUAAUUUUUACCAUUUAGUCAUUAAUUUUUUUGAAAAGUGGGUAUGCACUAUGCAGUAUAUGCACUAACAUAGAAUUUGAGAAGAACUUAUAUAAAGCAAAACUAUCUUACUCAGAGACAGAAAAUAACUUAAUUAAAGUAUCAUAUUGUUGUUUGUUAAUGUUAAUACUUCAAUUAGUUUAAUAAUGCUUCUUCCAUUAGUUUGUUGAUUACAGGUUUUGCCUGGACAGUAAUAAUUUGGGAUGUGACUUCAAGAGUUAAUAAAAAAUCUAUUUUCGUUAGUUUAUAAAAAAUGUUAGUAUUUGAAUCCAAGCUGUUCUUGACAGUUGCAAAACAUGGAUGCUUCCACCCUGAGUUAGGUGUAACUGGUUGCGGAUUAUCAGGUUAUCAGUAGGGGUGUGCGAUGCAUCGAAAAUGCAUCGAAAUUUCGAUUCGAUUCGAUUCGAUGCAUCGAAUCGCGAUUCGAUUCAGUGGUGGUCAAAAAACGAUUCGAUUCACGAGGGAGUCAGUAUCCAUAUACGAAAAACGCCUGCAGAAAGUCAAUGCAAUACCCGCAAUACAGGAGCGCGUUGCUGUUGCGUUUCCUUUACGAAGGCGUUCUUAUUUAAUACAUUCUUUGCAUUAAAUAUAGCUUUAAUUGUUUUAUAUUUUUUUUAGAGGUUUUGUUUUUUGUCUUGAUGUAAGCAGUGUGUGAAAUAUUUUACUACUGUGAACCUAGCCAAAACAAGGUAGGUUACUCCAAAAUCAUUUUAAAAAUAAGUCUGAAAAAUGGUUACUUAAUACUUAACUAGUAAGAUCAAUGUUAUAGACUGAUACAUUUGGUAUUUUUGUUAGGUGUCUGUCGGUCCCCGUCCCCGAAUUUUUGUUGGGGCAAAAAAAAAAAAAUUUAUUUCCAAAGAAACACUCUUAUAUUAUUAUAUCUAUUACAGAGGAAUUAAAAUGUUCAAAUGAGAAUUAAAAAUUAAGUUGGCUCACGACCUUUAAUAAAGACACAACAGAGCAAUUGCCGCACUGCCACUAGCCAGAGCCAGGUCUAGUCGUCUACUGAUAAGAGUAACAAGACAAAAGCCGUGACGCAACACUAACAGUGCAAAGAAAACAAAGUCAAAAGAAUAGAAAGACUAUUUAUCCAGACAUACUAGUAUAAUCAUUUAUUGUUCAUUCAAUACCUAAUUAAAAAUAUAUUUUAGUAUUUUACAUAAUAAAUUAUAAACAAAAGAAAUAUCUGAUAUAGUGAACAGAUCUGUAUCUUGGUUAAAUAGGGUUAAAAAAAUAUAUUUCUAAGAUCCAAUACAAUAUUUACAACUCACAAAUUACAUUGAAUUAAUUUCUUUGAAAAUAAUCUCUAACAGUUUUGUGUUUUUGAAUAAAGAAAUAUAUUUCUUUGUCUCUACUUCCUUGUUUCAUCACUUGCAUUUUGUCAGCAAUUGAAGCAACUGGGUAGCAACCGGGUGGUGUAAGAGGGGAGGGGGAGGGUCUAUGACCUUGAAUUCACACAUCGUUGCCCGGGCCUGGCUGGUGAGACUGAUUCAUUGUUUUUGUUGACAUACUACUACCCUUCCUUAAGAGAAAAAGGCCCUGCUGUUCCAAAAACAUUGAGGGUAGUUUAAAAACAUUGACCUGUGUUGCCAAGGGCACUAGAAGAUAGCAUUUAACUUUCUUGUCUCUUGAUUUAAUAUUAUUUUAAUCUUCUAUAUAUUAUUUAAGAGUUACUUUUCGGGUACCUAAUUAGUUGUGAUAUUGUUUAGCUUCAUUUUAUGGAUUUUUAAUUCUUUUCAUUCAUUAGCUAUCAAAAUCAGUUGUUUUAGGAUUUUAAUCUCUUGCAGUACCUGUAGGUCUAUACUACUGUAUGACAUGAUAUGCAUUUUUUAGUCCUUAUUAAUUAUACCAUAAACAAUGUUUGUAUGUUAUUUACUGUUUUUGAGUUUUAUAGGAAAUUAGUUUACACAAUAUCUUUUCUUCAAUGAGUUCUCCACUUGACAUGUUGCUUCUAGCCUAUUACUAUUUUAUUUUUAGGCCCUAUAAAAAUAAUGCCUAUGUAAAGCUGUAGGCCUACUGAUGCCAAUAAUAAUUCUUUAUUUAUGAUGAUGUAACAAAUAAUGUAAGUGUGAGGUUAUUAUACUAAGGAGGUUAGGAGGCAGGGAAUGAAUGAUACAUGUUGCAUGGUGGAAACAUAUUAUUUUUAUUUUCUUCUUGCUUGCAGUCCUGAAGCCCGUCCACAGGCCCUAAACUUGUGAUAUGUAAAUUUAUUUCUUAAUGGUCUUUUUAUAUUAAGUUCCAUUCAAAUUUGUUGUAAUUUAGCUACCGGUACCUAUUUAGUUAUUUAAACAGUUAUUAAAAUGGGAAUGAAUGUCUUGAUAAAAAAAAUAUUUUCUUCUUUCUUGCAGUUGAGCCAAUUCCAAGUAAAAAUUAUGAAAUAGGCAAGUAAAGCAGCUCACUGGUAUUUCCAGCAGUUAUUCUAAUACAUAUGAUUGAAAAUAAAUAUUUUUUCACCUAAAAUUCAUAUGUAAGUAUGAAUAGGCCUAAUACCACAUCAACAAAAAUUUGUAUUACACAAAUGUGAUAAAUUUUAAUUAUUGUUAAUCCACUCAAUUGACAAUUAUGAAUAGAAAAAUACCGUAUUGCUUCGAAUCGAGUUGCAUCGAAUCGAAUCGAAAAUCUUUUGAAUCGAAUCGUUGCUUCGAAUCGAAAAUUUUUUGCUGCUUCGCACACCCCUAGUUAUCAGGGUAACUUUCUUGAUAAGAGUGAGUAAAAACUAAAAUAUUUUAAAGCUAGAUUGAUUAAGUAGUUUGUAUAGCUCUAAAAUGAUUACAAAGAUCUAGAAAUGUUUUAUUUUUAAUGUAUUUUUUAUAGUAGCCUAACAACAUGUACUAUUUCACUUCAUCUCCUACUUAGAAUGAAACAUAAUAUUCUUCUGAUGUAGUCAAUUCAUUUCUGGGUAUUGGAAAGCCAUUGUGGGAGUAUCCCAACACCUUGUUAGGGCUCAAUUUUAUCAAGCUGAAUCUUGUUCCUUGAUAAUAUAUAAUCACAUUAAAAGUUUAUGAUCUGUGAAGCAUCAUCACAGAGAAAAAACUAUAUAUUGUGUAUGAUGAGAUUCAGCAAACCUCUAUAUCCUUCACAGAGAUUUAGGGUAUUCUCAGUGGAAAGUGCUCAUAAGAAAUAGUAUAGUAAGUAGAAAGAUUGAAGAGUAUAUAUUUGCAAAUUUGUAUCAUCAUCAAGAUGUUAGGAAUGUAAAGCAUUACUAUAAUAAUUGCCUCUGAUAUUUUCAAAAAUUAAAAUAUAUUCACCUUCAUGAGAUUAUUUGUUUUGAAUAUUUCAAAAGAUGAUUCGUAUUGUAUUUAUUAUUGUUACGCAUAUCAAUAAAAAAAAUUAAAGUGGAUAAACAAUAACAUAUAAGGAAGGAUUACUCAUUAUCGCUUACCUCAAUCAAACAAAUUUACAAACUACAGGUACCUUGUAAGAUUUAAAUGGAUCUACGUAGUUAUUUUAUCAUGUUAAAACACACACAUUACAAUGUCCUGAAGAUAUUUAAUUUACGUUUGGGUAGUAUAAGUAUUUUUUUUUUUCAAUAAACUAAAAUAAGUUUCAACAAUAUAUAUGUAAACCAUCUUUGUCCUGAAAUCUACCAACAAUGAGAUUAAGUCAGUACAACAGACUAUUUUUGGCCUUUUUUAUUUCAUAUAGAAACUAAUGUAAUGGCUAUGUAAUGACUAAUGUAAUGUAAAUUAUCAACAAAUGAAUUGUUCCACCUGUUACAUCAAAUAUUUAUUCUUGUUAAUUGUAGAUUUUUAAAGAAAAAAAAAGCAACUUGGGUUUAGAAUUGUUAUGGAGGAGAAAGGAAGGAUACACAAACUAACUCACCUGAAUAAAGAGUCCCAGGAGGUCAAUAGAACACCAACUCAUAAAAAGUACACAUUAAGGCCCGGUUCACACAAGCGACAUACCUAGCCGACUAGGCAAGCCCGACUGGGUAGCGGACCACAGGAUCAAAUGGAGCCGUUCACAGGAGCGUAGGACGCCAACUAGUUAGCCGUGUUCGAGCUUGGUGUCCAAAAACAUUGUCGGGCCCUGCUUCCCAGUCACUCAUGGCAGCUACCUAGUCACCCAGUCGAGCGGCGUAGCAGUACAUGUACCCUUAUGGGAGCGUUCACACAAGUGAACGGGUAGUCGCGCUGCAGCUCGCAUUCUUCCCUUUGUUCUCAUUGUUCACCAGUGAUGGAUCCGAGUGACUUUGAUAUCGAUAUUUUCAUCUAGUCCGUGGACAUGUCGCUCGUGUGAACCGGUGUGAUUCUGUGGUCCCCUACCCAAUCGGGCUUACCUAGUCACAGCCUAGUCGGCUAGGAAAGUCGCUCGUGUGAACCGGGCCUAAACUGACUUCUUCAGAGGUAGAAGGUAGAAUGGCAGUUCUACUUUCUACUGCCAAUGUACCUUCUACCUCUGAAGAAGCCCCUGAAAGGGGCGAAAUAUCAGUUUAAUGUGUAGGCCUACUUAUUAUGUGUUCUAUAUUGACCUCCUGUGACUCUUUAUUCAGGUGAGUUAGUUGUGUAUUCUUUUAGCAAAUUUCCCAUAUAGGGAAUAAGCUAUUUAGUUGUAUGAUAGUGUUUCCUAAUCUGUUUAUUUUUCUAUCAAGCAUAUAUUUUUUAAAAUAUUUAUAGAUAUUUUAAACCAAAAUACUAAUUGGUUGUAAAUAGUUCCACUAUAAAGCUAAUAUUCUCAGUUUUGUGGGUUAAAGUCAUAUUUCUUCAAUGUGAAAUCAUUGCUUUUGGAUAUGCAAGUACAUUUUUCAUCUUAUUGUAAAAUAAAAAGAUUCUGUCGUAUGUUUAUGUUCACUCUUGUCAGGGUCCGCUCAUAUUGACUGAGUGUUUUGCUUUUCUUUUUAGGCAAAAUACCAAAGGGAGAAGAAAUCAUUUAUUAACUUAUUGUUUGUUUUUCAUUGUUUGUUUUGUUUUAUAAAGUCUAUCAAAUAUCAAAACACAUUCUACGUCCAGGCCAGAAACAUUGUAGCUAAUCCAUUGGGAUGACAAAUCUAAGGAAAUAUGUUAAACUAAAGUGAAUUCCUAUUUCAAUUGCAGAAAGUGGCUUACUUACCAUAGUUUAAACUAAAAAAAAGAAAACUAUAAGAUAUUUUAAUCUUAUAUUUUCAGUGUACUUAAUGUAUAUUUCAGUAUUUUAUUUUAAAUAAAUAUUGUUGUGUUU